UAAGAUGGCAUUCGUGUUAUGAGUUGAGAGAAUAAUGUUUCCCAUAUCUAAAUUUUUUGUUAAUUUGUUGCUAAUUUUCUUGGCUCUACAAAUAUUUAGUGUGUCCUGCUUUAGUGUAGAAGACUGCCUGAAAGAUACACAAGAAGGGCCAGAAUUAUGUGAAGCUUAUAUAAAAGUUUUCAAAUGGGACGACGACCUUAAAAAAUGUGAACCUGCAAUAUACGGAGGUUGCUAUGCAACAAGCAAUAAUUUUGAGACUAUAGAACAAUGUCAAAAUAUUGCGGAACCUGUGUGUGCAAAAUAAUCGUCAAAUUGUUAAAAUAAUGAAUUUAAAUAAACAUUAAUGUUGAAAAA